AUGGGUAGAAUUAUAUCAAAUAUUAUAAUUAUCCUUAAUUCAAAGAUAUUAAAGAAAUUUAUAGCAGGUCCGUUGCCAAAAAAUUUAGAGCAAAAAUGGAAAGAUACCGAUAUGGUCAUGAAAUAUUUAUAUAAAUCAUCCAUUGAAGAGGUGGUCAAUGAGCUAACGAAUUAUCAUCCAAAUAUUCUUCGAUUUUAUGGAAUUUCAACUAGAGAAAAGUUUGACCAACCAAUCACACAAAUAUUUAUUGAUUUUUUAAUAUCCAGACGGUGGAACGUUACAUUCUUAUUUAAAGGAAAAUAA